CUAAAACCACUCUGUGUGGGGAACAUGAGAGCCAGACCAAAGCUCAGAGGAACCAACCUGGACCUGAACCCAGCUGUGUGUCCUUAAAGAGUGACCCCUCAAAAGAUUUUAAUAUUGAUUUGAAACAAAGACAUCUAUCUGACACAGAGAUGUACCAGAAACCUGAACCCAGCUGCGUGUCCUUAAAAAGCGACAUGUCAAAGGAUUUUAAUCUUGGUUUUAAAGAAAGUCCUUCUGCUGCAGAGAGAGUGGACCAGGAGAGUUCAAAGGUUCCCAGUGAUCAACCUGCCAAACACCAUCAGACACAUUUGGACUCUGUAUUUAUGCUGUUAGAGGACAACAUCGUGACUUUUGUGAAGAAUGAGCUGAAGAAGAUCCAGAAGACUCUAAGUUCAGAUUACCCAGCAUCCUUAGGGAGCCAGAAAGAAGACGAGGGGGUCUUAGAGGAUGAAGAUAAAGAGGAGACCAGGAACAGCAGACAAGCAUUUGUGAAAAUAACGCUGCACUUCCUGAGGAAACUGAAGCAGAAGGAACUGGCAGACUUUCUGCAGAGCAGAAUAUUUGCUCCAGAUUUUCAACAUGAACUCAAAUCUUCACUGAAGGAGAAGUUCCAGUGUGUGUUUGAGGGGGUUGCUAGAGCAGGAAACCCAGCCAAGCUGAAUCAGAUCUACACAGAGCUCUACAUAACAGAGGGAGGGACUACAGAGGUCAAUGAUGAACAUGAGGUCAGACAGAUUGAAACAGCAUCCAGGAAACAAUACAGACCAGAAACAGGAAUCAGACCAGAAGAAUUAACAAUCCGACCAGAAGACAUCUUUAAAGCCUUACCUGGAAGAGAUAAACCAAUCAGAAGAGUGCUGACAAAAGGAGUGGCUGGCAUUGGGAAAACAGUCUUGACACAAAAGUUCACUCUAGACUGGGCUGAAGACAAAGCCAACCAGGACAUCCAGCUCAUAUUUCCAUUCACUUUCAGAGAGCUGAAUAUGCUGAAAGAGGAAAAGUUCAGCUUGGUGGAACUUGUUCAUCACUUCUUUACUGAAACCAAACAAGCAGGAAUCUGCAGCUUUGAAAACGUCCAGGUUGUUUUUAUCUUUGAUGGUCUGGAUGAAUGUCGACUUCCUCUGGACUUCCACAAAUCUGAAAUCCUAACUGACCCUACACUAUCCAACUCAGUGGACGUGCUAUUGAUAAACCUCAUCAGGGGGAAUCUUCUUCCCUCUGCUCACCUCUGGAUAACCACACGACCUGCAGCAGCCAAUCAGAUCCCACCCUGUUGUUUUGACAUGGUGACAGAGAUCAGGGGGUUCAAUGACCCACAGAAAGAGGAGUACUUCAGGAAGAGGUUCAGAGAUGAACAGCAGGCCAGCAGGAUAUUCUCCCACAUCAAGACAUCACGGAGCCUCCACAUCAUGUGCCACAUCCCAGUCUUUUGCUGGAUCACUGCUACAGUUCUGGAUGUGCUGAAAACCAUAGAGAAAGGACCCCUGCCCAAGACCCUGACUGAGAUGUACAUCCACUUCCUGGUGGUUCAGGCCAAAGUGAAAAAAGUCAAGUAUGAUGGAGGAACUGAGACAGAUCCAGCCUGGAGUCCAGAGAGCAGGAAGAUGAUUGUGUCUCUGGGAAAACUGGCUUUCGAUCAGCUGCAGAAAGACAACCUGAUCUUCUAUGAAUCAGACCUGACAGAGUGUGGCAUCGAUAUCAGAGCAGCCUCAGUGUACUCAGGAGUGUUCACACAGAUCUUUAGAGAGGAGAGAGGACUGUACCAGGACAAGGUGUACUGCUUCAUCCAUCUGAGUGUUCAGGAGUUUCUGGCUGCGCUUCAUGUCCAUCUGACCUUCAUCAACUCUGGAGUCAAUCUGCUGGAAGAACAACAAAAAACAUCCCAUCAAUCUGAAACAGAUAAACAUUUCUACGAGACUGCUGUGGACAAAGCCUUACAGAGUCCAAAUGGACACUUGGACCUGUUCCUUCGUUUCCUCCUGGGUCUUUCACUUCAGACCAAUCAGACUCUCCUACAAGGCUUGCUUACACAGACAGGAAGAAGCUCACAGACCAAUAAGGAAACAGUUCAGUACAUCAAGAAGAUGAUCAAUGAGAAUCUGUCUGCAGAGAAUAACAUUAACCUUUUUCACUGUCUCAAUGAACUGAAUGAUCAUUCCCUUGUAGAGGAGAUUCAAAAGUCCCUGAGAUCAGGAUAUCUCUCUGCAGAAAAACUGUCUCCUGCUCACUGGUCAGCUCUGGUCUUCAUCUUACUGUCAUCAGAAAAAGAUCUGGAUGUGUUUGACUUGAAGAAAUAUUCUGCUUCAGAGGAGGCUCUUCUGAGGCUGCUGCCAGUGGUCAAAGCUUCCAGCAAAGCUCUGUAA